AUGAGCAGUGACGGAAAUCGCAGUGAAUCAGCACCUGCACGUAGUGCGUCACGGAGUCGAAGUGGCACACCGAUGGCCUCAGGUAAGAGUAAUGGCCAUGCUCGAUCUCCCUCGGGCUCUCGACCCCGUUCAUCAUCUCACCAUUCACUAUCUCAAUCACCAGUUCGUGAACGUUCAGCUGCUUCGCGAUCGUCCGCUGGACAUGAAGCUUCCAGAUCUCCUUCACGCGCUCGCUCAAGAUCACGCGACGACAGACGUGUUCGCCGCUCACGCUCACCUGAGGAACGAAAACGAUACCGAUCGCGCAGUCGUGACUCGCGCUACCGUCGACGAAGCCGAUCACCAUCGUCGCCAGCUCGUCGGCGCUCUCGUUCACGUCGACGCAGUCGCUCACGUUCCCCACGACGUAUCAGCCGCUAUUCACCGAUAAGACGAAGUCGGUAUAACGACGGUCGUGACAAUCCAGAACCAUGUUCCUGUCUUGGCGUUUUUGGCAUGUCACUUAAUACUACUGAACGUGACCUGAAACGAAUUUUCGGCGAAUAUGGGGAAAUUGAGUCAGUUCAACUAGUGUACGACCGCUACAGUGGUCGCUCACGUGGUUUUGGCUUCGUUUACUUUGAAACUACGAAGGAAGCAAUUCGGGCUAAAGAUCAUUUGCGUGAUGCUGUCAUUGAUGGAAUGCGCGUUCGUGUUGAUUUUUCUGUAACCAAAGGAGCUCCGAGAUAUUACAGGGGGCGUUCGCCUCGUCGUUCUCGAAGUCGCAGUGUGGACAGCUAUCGCAGACGACGUUCGCGUUCUUGA